CCCGUCUAAGGCGCAUCCUCAAAAUAGGAUGUUCUACCCUAAGACUCAUUUAGUCUGUAACCAGAUCUAUUCACAUCUGUAAGUGACAGUCACCCCAGCAAGAAUGGGAAAGGUACCUCUGGAGAAUGCCAAAGAAAAGAAAACUGAGUUCAGCUUAGUGCGGGUCAAAAGUACCUGGAAGCGUACCCGGGGCACGAAGGACAACAUGGACAGAGCUGACUGUGUUUCUGAUGCAAAAAUCUAUGAGAGCAUCACAGAGCAGGGCACCUCUUGGACAGUGGUCAGCCCAAUUGUCUUCACCUACAAGGUAACCGAGACUCACAACUUGCUGGAUCCAUGCAACGACACACUCCUACUGGGUCAAAUCACCGACCCACAGCAGGUGGAGGACAUGAGAAAAUCAAGCAAGCCACUCAAACGCUUCAUAGUCGUUGACCAGGAGGUCUACAAAAUCUAUGGUUCCAAGCUGACUGAGUACUUGGAGGCCAACAAUGUCCUGUACAAGAUCUUGGCUCUACCCACCACUGAGGAGAACAAAUCCAUGGACAUAGCCUUGAAGAUCAUAGAGGAGGUCAACAACUUCUCCCUUGACCGGCGCAAGGAGCCCAUCAUUGCCAUGGGUGGAGGAGUGUGCCUUGAUAUUGUUGGCCUGGCCGCCUCGCUCUACAGGCGACGCACUCCUUACAUCAGAGUCCCGACCACCCUGCUCUCGUACAUCGAUGCAAGUGUGGGAGCAAAGACAGGGGUUAACUUUGCAAACUGCAAGAAUAAGCUUGGUGCCUACGUUCCACCCGUUGCUGUCUUCCUUGACCUGUCCUUCAUACAAACCAUUCCUCGAAGGCACAUCUCCAACGGGCUGGCGGAGAUGUUAAAAAUGGCCUUGAUGAAGCACAGAGGCCUCUUUGAGCUCCUUGAGAAACAUGGUCUCAUGCUGCUGGACACUAAAUUCCAGACUGAUAAAAGCAUAGAUGGGCACAACCGCCUCCAGGCUGCAUCAAGGGCAACUCGUUUAGCCAUCACCACCAUGCUCGAGGAGCUUGCCCCCAACCUUUGGGAAGAUGACCUAAACAGACUUGUGGACUUUGGACACCUAAUCAGUCCAGCACUAGAGAUGAAAGUUCUCCCAUCUCUCCUGCAUGGUGAGGCAGUGAACAUUGAUAUGUCUUACAUGGUUUACGUGUCUCAAGAGAGUGGUCUUUUGACAGAGGAGGAGAAGCAAAGGAUCAUCAGCUGCAUGGUGGGCCUGGAGCUGCCCGUCUGGCAUGAGGGAUUCACCAUGGAGCUCAUACAGAAGUCUCUGCAGGACAGGCUGAAGCACUCUGGUGGCCUCUUCAGAAUGCCUCUUCCUGUUGGUCUUGGGCAAGCAGACAUUUUUAAUGACACAUCUUAUGAGACCCUGCACAGAGCUUACGAAAAAUGGCGUGACGAGCUGAGCAUCAGCCACUGCACCAGUUCAAUCCGAAGUGUAAAACUGUAGCUACUCUUCUUUUUUUCAUUGGAAAAUAGCUAUAGAGCAUUUACCCACUGCAUUUGAGCAACAGUCUUUUGACCAUCAUGUGUUUCAUAGUAAUUUCUCUGCAUAGUGAGAAUAUGUUUCCUAAAUUUUGAUUUGACAACAAUCAAAACGGGAAAGAGUUGUUUUUUCAACAGUUUAACAGUUUGAUUUUCAUUUAUUGUAUGUAUAACCAAAGCUUGCUGCUUGCUAACUACACCCCUGUUAUGACUGUGAAAUAUACCCUAAACCUUCAUUAAAGCUUUUUAUUGUUCAUUAAA